CGCACCACCAGCACCCCAAAGACACGCACCGAGAGGGUCAUCGGACACCCAGUGCAGCUCGGCAGAAUCGAAGAGGUCUCGGCGGUGGCGGUGGGUCACUGUUCCUCUCUUUAUCGACGUCAUCUCCAUGCUCACACUCGCCGCUGCUCCGCGCGCGCGAGCCGCGCUUCUCGCCACGUCGCAUGGCCGGCGACCAGUUUUCCGUGUACCACCACAUGUGAUCCGCGUGCUGUCAACGCGCCCGACGACUGAGGUGGCAGCGGCCACUAGCACGAAAGCGGCGGCUACCGCGGCUAUUGACGCCGCCGAUGUGGCCCCGCUGGGCCAGGCCAUGACGCUCAAGGAGCGUCUCACGAUCUACAGCCAGCUCGGUAAGGCGCGUCUCAGUGCACUGGUGGUCAUGACCACGGGCGCGGGUUUCCUCAUGGCCGGCGGACCCAUCUCUUGGAGCACCUUCGCGGCCGCCACAGUGGGUACGUCGCUGGCCGCGGUGUCGGCCAACACGUUCAACCAGUGCUGGGAGGUGGAGUUAGACGCCAAGAUGCAGCGCACACACCGCCGGCCACUGCCCUCUGGACGCAUUACGCGACCGCACGCUUUGGCCUUCGGAGCGGCUACGGCCACGGCCAGUACAGCCAUCCUCGCGGCUGGAUGCAGCCCAUUGGUGGCCUCUCUCGGCGCAUUCAACAUCGGUCUCUACUCCCUAGUCUACACCCCCAUGAAGAUGAAGAGCGAAUUGAACACGUGGAUGGGCUCCAUCGUGGGCGCCAUCCCGCCUGUUAUGGGCUGGGCCGCAGCCACGGGCACGGUGCUGGCGCCCGAAGCUGCACUGCACGCGUAUUUACUGUACUGCUGGCAGAUGCCCCACUUCUUCGCACUAAGCUGGCGGUCGCGUAAGGAUUACGGUCGUGGAGGCUACAAGAUGGUGGCGUGCAAUGACCCCACAGGUUCUCGUAGUGCAGCAUUGGCACUGCGUUACUCGUACUACAUGGGCGCGAUUCCGAUCGUGGCCGCGCUCACCGACGCCACCAGCUACAUGUUCGCAGUAGAAGGCACGGUCGUGAACGCUUACACUAUCUACUUGGCCCACAAGUUCUACGCAAAGCCUAACAACGCGACGGCUCAAAAGGUCUUCUUGGCGUCGCUGUGGUACUUGCCAGUCAUUAUGGGCUGCAUGGUCCUGCACAGCCAGCAGUGGAUGGACGACGAGGAGAUUGAAGCCAAGAAGGAAGCUAACGUGUGGCGCGAGGCAUUUUUGGGCGAGGUAGAGAACUUCCAAUCACAGGACCCCUCUGCACACUUCGACGAGAGCUCCAUGUCUGCCUGGUUAGUCUCCAAGGUGCGUGCUGUUCGUCACAGUCUGCGGGAUUUCUGCAUCCACGAGAGUUUAUGGGGAGUCAGGGACGGCCAGCACAAUGCGGACGAGUCCAACGUGCUCUGCCCCGUGCACGUGGGCCAUCAGGCUAAGGAGACCGUGGCCAUUACAGCACAGGCGUCCAGGAAGGACUUGUAAACGUGUAUGGAGAUCAAAACAGACAAUAAACGUAUGCAUGGGUGACAUAAAGCACCCUACCUGCAUUCAAUCUAAGCUUAAAUGGAUUACCACUUGAUGCCCAACGGGUUCGACUGCUCCAUCUUGGGCACAGCGUGAUACUGUGUAUGCAGCACUCCACGUGCAGCUUCGGAGAAGGGAAUUCCGUCCAAAUAUUUCUCGUACACGUACUUCACAGCGG